CGACGUGCAGAAGGAUCGGUGGCCCUCGCUCGUUUCUUUUUAUUCUCGCAUUUAAUCUCUCUCCCACGUUCCUUAUUCUGGGCCCUGAUCAGCCUCUAUUAUAACUACCAUUACUCCUCGACUUUCAUUUAUUCCCAUUUCUCUUUAUUCUCUCUUUUUGUCUCUUACCCUUUUCUCUCUUUUACCAUAUUUCCCCUCUUUAUCUUUUCUUUGGGACUGUAUUGAUAGUCGGUGGCUGCUCCAACCCCAAACAGCAGUUCUCCUCCUGAAACCAUCGUCCAUAAUUUGGGUCUGACCAGAAUGGUCUAAAAAACUCACUAUCCUUUUUUCACUCUUUUUCCUGUUUCUUCCCUUUUCUUUUUCUGUCACCGAAUAUUCAGGAUACAUAUAUCCCAGUAUAUAUAUACAUAUAUUUCAAAUACAGAUGCAUUCUGCUCAUCCGUCUAUCUCGUUCCCCCCACGGGAAGACACUCACAACAACAACAACAACAACAACAACAACCACCACCACCACCACCACCACGACUCUGAUCCCAUUCAUGCUCGUUCCCGUUCUUCUGCGCACGUCUUUCCCAACAGUCCUAAGCGUCGCUCCGUCUUCAGUGGUCGUUCUCGCAGCAACACUACCACUACUUCCUCUACGACAACCUCUUCUUCCUCCCGCCGUUCUCCCGCUUCCUCUAUGACUUCCACCGAUCAAGCUCCGUCAUUCCCCUCCCACGAGUCCUCCUACCCCGCGGGACAGUUCCCUCCUCUCCGGACUGAAAGACAGGAUAGCAUCACCAAGUCGCUCUUCUCCCGGGGUAGUCGCAUUCUCCGUCGUCAGGGCAGCAAGUUCAAUAUCUCUGCCACAUUGGACGAGGUUGAUGAGGGUGAGCGUGAGAAGCCCCGGUUCGACGUCACUGAUAUCUUUGGGCGUCAUCGGUCCCGUCAGAGUGAUGCCAGGUCAGAUGACAACUUGAAGCGUCUGAUUUCGGAUCCCUUUGACUUCCACCACUUGACGCACACCAGUCCGUCGCAUGUCCAGGCUCUCCAACGAGCUCGGGAGAACGAGCUCGUCACUGAAUUCUCGGCCAUUCGUGCUUCACAAAAGCCCAUCAACAGUCUCAAGGGUAUUCGUGCAGAGGACCUUCACUUCCGCAACUUUUCGUCUGAAGAUUUGGCUCCCGGUGUGGCUACCUCGGGCGAUGAUGAGCAUGCCUUCGCUGUUUCCGAUGCCCCCGAUGCCCCCGAUGCCCCCGCAAGCCCUCCGGCUUCUCCUGGUGCUGCAUCGUCCGUCAGUCCCAAGGCCAAGCCGGCACAACGGGAAUCGCGCGUCUAUGAGAACUUCUCCCGUCCCGUCUCUCGCUACCCCAGAACGGGCUCCACCUCCAGCAUCACCAGCCCUCCCCGGCGACCUUCCCGUCAAUCGUCUGCGUCCCCGGAUCUGGUUGAGCCGGAAACUCGGGUCAUUGACGAUGUCUUGGGUAUGAACGCAACCCAGCAAGAUUACCAUGAGCUGGUGUACCCCCGAAAGCCAUCCUUGUCGCAGAUGAACUUGGCUGGUCUGUUUGAGUCGGAUGAUGAGAGCCGUCCUCGCGCGGGCUCUGUCGGCACUGAUGCGAGAAUCUCGUCAACCAACCUCGCGUUGGACCUGGAGGAUGUUCCCGAAGAGGAAGAGGCGACUACUCACUGGCAUGACAGCCCUGAGCAGGCAGAGAAGUCCGAUUCUCGCCGUUUGAGCCCCGCCCCAGCUGACAUGGGACCUUCGUCUUCCAACCUCUCGGUUCCCAAGUCGCACCCGUCCAUCUGCGUGGCUGAAGAGCUCUCCAAGAAGUUUUCUGAAGUGCUCGCAUCGCCCACUAUUCCUCAAUACCGUCUUUACCAGCAGCAGCAACCUCAAGAGAAAGCACAUCGAAAGUCUCAACAGGCUUCCCGUGGCAGUGUCUCGAAGCGUGAAUCGGUCAUUGACAUCAACAUCGACUCCUGGGAUGCUGACAUCGACUACUGCUAUGAACAUGCUGCUGAAUCAACAUCCGAUUUCGAUUGGACUCGCCGUUCGUUCGAUGAGCCUCAACACCCAGUGAUCGAGGAAGAACCCGACGAGGAGGAGCAGUCUUCCAAGCCACAGUCGACGCAUCUGAGCACGUCGUCUCUGGCCUGCCCGGAUCUGGACCCGAGUCCGUCUCGAUCGGUGCCCAGCACUCAGUUUGCCGUGACUCCAUCGACCACCACGUACGAGGGAGACUACUUCCAACAAGUUCCUGCAUCUUUCUUCGCUUCAACUAAGGGAAAGAACAUGAGCCAGGACACGCUGUAUGACGAGUACAAUGCGGAUGCCGCAUCGGACCGCCAUUUUUCCUUCUGCUCCCAGGGGGUAAUCAAAGCACCCAUGGACCACCAGGUCUCCCCGCGCAGCAGCUUCUCUCCCAUCAGCAACUGCAACUCCCAGGAGAGCCUGAUCCUCUCGCGCGCGGCGUCCAUCGCCCGCAAGCACCGCUCCUCCAUCUCGACCACCAGCGUCCCGGAGCUGAUCCACAGCCUGGCGAGCAGCCGCGAGACCAUGCCCGCCGAGUCUCCCUCGGUGCCCAGCCUGCCGGAGGCUCACCACCGCCAGACUAAGAGCCUUGAGACGAGCCAGGCUCUGUUUGGCAGCACUGCCAGCCUGGAUUCUGCGGACAUCUCGCCUGGCACUGUGUCGCACGACCGCGCCAAGUCGACCUCUGAUCUUAUCGAGGCGGCCAAGGCUGACGUGGUGCCUUCUCUUCCCCAAACAGGAACUGUCAAGAAUGCGGGUCGGAAGAAGAGUCGAACUUCGUCGUACUCUCUAUUUCCCACCAGCUAACUUGCAUUCUGAACAUUUUGCCUCUUUUUUUGUUUUUGUGUUUUAUAGACUUGGACGACUUUAUGAUCUUGGCCCAUUCCUUCACUUUUUCAUUGCUUUUAAUCUGUCAAUCGUUGUCUCAUUUGUUUUUAUAUCUUGACUUUGAGCUUGUUUGCGUCUGUUUGCUUUGUUUUAUAUAUUGUGCUUCUCUACAUUCCUUGCAUUGUGUCAUGCAUUUCUCAGCGAUUGGCGGUUUUGCAAAAACGGUUGGUUUGACUUGGUGUUUUCUUUGGUUAAAAAGGAUUGGAUUGGAUUGGGCUGGCAGCACAUAUUAGGAAAGGUGUGGGACAUACUGGGCUGGCCUACAUUCGUUGGUUUUCUCUUUUUGUUUGAUUGUACUCUUAUGUAUCUACAUAUUUCGGGUUUUCUUGUUAUCGGUGCACAUAGACUCGGUUACAAAAAUGAAAAGUCGCUUGCUACUUAUCC